CAAUAUAAAGUCAGCGGCAUCUGGAACCUUCUUUCAUUCCGUGGCGACGCGCAGGAACGGUUGUACGAUUUAAUUAUAAAACCUUGUUUGAGUAUGGACUCUUUGAAGAUUCAUUUUAAUAAUAUGGAAGACACUAAACCGAUUUUUACAACUGCGAACGAAACAGUAAUACCUACAACGACCACGGAAAGUUUUGCACCAUCGAACCGAGGAAUGGCGGGCGGCCAGGAGUUCUACCCCGGCGGCAGCGGUCUGCUGAACCUGCUGGCUCAGCAAGAGCCUCGACCCGGAGACACUGCACCAACAACUGCUGACAUGAUGACCGAGGACAUGAUGAACUUCCGAAUGAACGGCACCGAUGUGCUGUUUGAUGAUGAACCCACUUCUAACUAUUAUUUGGGUGCUGCAGGUUCCAACCGGCCUGACCCGAUGUCAUCUAGCAACAUAUGGACCAACAGCAGCGGCGUGGCUUCGGGCAAGUCUGAGAUGAUGGACACCUUCGAGUUUCUUAUCAAAAGUUUAUCAUCAGCCAAUAGCUACGUGUCAAUGCUGACGCGCGAACAGCUCGCGUUACUGCGCUGCAUCCGCCCCAGCCUGCUGUACGAGUUCCUUCAGGAGGUGCUCAAGGCACGCACGGACAAGCGCACACGCCGCCCCUUGCCCAACGAAUGCGCGUUCUGCAAAAACAACGGCGAGAACGAAGAGUGCUACUUGUCGCAUGCCUUAAAGGACUGGCGUGGCCGCGUACUAUGUCCCGUCCUGCGGGCCUUCCGAUGCCCGCGUUGCGGGGCUACUGGGGACCGGGCGCACACCAUCAAGUACUGCCCGGAGAAUGGUGACAAAGAUCGCAACGGCGUAUCGUUCCGCCGGCGCGGGCCUCCAUCAUCACUCCUGCUGGGCCAGACUGGGCUGGCCGCAAGCGGGCCCUCGUCCUGCCCCUGCCCCGCGACCCCCGCGCCGCCUGCCCCGUCGCCAUCUCCGUCCUCGGCCUUCUCAUCGUCGGUGUGGUCUUCCUACGGCUUAAUAAACUAAAAUAUCUGCGGAAAAAGCUGAGUUUCCACUGUGAAAAGGUUGAGCUUGAAUGUCUCGCAGUGGAAACUCGGCCUAACAAAUAGGCUACUUGUCACAAAUAUUCAUUAGCCGUUUUGUUUUCAUGUUCAAAGCGCGCGCAACGUGGAAACAACGUUAAUGAACACGGAUGCCAAAUAUUGGUCCCAAUAUUGGCGUCGACAAUGUCGGCCUCAAAGCUUGCACGAGCACUGAUGUUUGGACCGAUGUUUGAAAUCGGUUUUGUUGGCCUAGAAAUAUUAUUGUUUGUUUAGGUUUGAUAUAGAAAUUGCAGCCAAUUCUUUCAACGAGUAUUAUUCAGAUUUGGUGAACUCUGAAUGUUACUUUGUUGAUUAUUGCUCAAUGUUUAUUUUUUAUUAUUAGAUUCUAAGCUAAGGCCUUAGUAAUUUUAAGUACUGUUUACAAAUAGCAGCUAUUAGUUAUGAAACUAAUUCAUGAUAAAUUCAAUUUCUUUGCCCAUGGGCACGACAAUGGUAUGUUGCUGGACAUCGAGUACCGCGCUAAGGGUUUUUGCUGAUAAUCAUACAUUAUCUAAUUGAGUUGCGUUCUUAUUCCGUUACACAUUUUUCAUUUCACAGAUAUUUACCAAAACUAGACUUUAAUGUCAUAAUCAAAAUUCAAAGGCUUGUAAAAGAAAAACCUAUACUUACUUGGGCAUAGUGACUUCUCUAUGUUAUCGUAGAAUAGUGCAUGGUGUUCGAGUAAAUGCGAUCUGCUCUUUAUUACACUGGCAUAUUAUGAACACUGCUCUCGUCACUUUCGCACUUGAAAUUUACUUAAUAGUAGAAAGAGAUAUACAGUUUUAGAUGCAAGUGUAAUAGAGUCCGUUCAAAUAUCAGUAUGCGGGUCAUACUUUUUUUGAAUUCUUUAGGAUCGCCAUUUUGAAUUAGAGCGCAACUCAAAAUCCUUAGUUAUUAUUUUCAAUUCCUUCAAAUUUUUCAUUGGGGUUAAAAAAUGAUAUUACAGCUUACAAUUGAAAAAUUACACGUUUUAUAUAAUAAUUACAACAUUGUAUCACCUCCGAUUAAUAUACAAUUCAAUCAUUACAAUUGCAAAUUUCAAUGAAUUAAUUGCCAAUACUGAUUCCAUCAAAUAAUUUUGUUAAUACAUGCAAUAAUUGAACAUCGAUUUCUGAUAUUUUAGCUUUGGCAAAUGUUAAUGAUAUGAUAAUGAAGUGUUGUUUUACCAAUGAAAAAUUUACUCUUUUUUUGGGUGUGGGUUAAUAAAAUUUGUGCAUUUAU